AUGACCUUCCUAAGACAAUCAAGAGUGGCCUUGCAAUGUCAUCAGGCAGCUCUCUCAGCAUUUGGGGGGACAACCUAUGAACUGACCUAUGUCACAUUUCUUCAAGACUCCCCAACCUGGUCCUCCUCCACCACAGAGGAAAAGGAGAAAAAAGCCUUACUUGAGAAUCCAGACAUCCUACCAUCGGUCAGGAAGAAGUCCCGCACCUUCUAUAAUGCAGAGCAGCUAGAAGAGUUGGAGAAGGUGUUCCAUGAAGACCACUAUCCUGACACUGAGAAGAGGAUGGAGCUUGCAGCUGCGUUUGGUGUGAUGCCAGAGCGAAUCCUGAUCUGGUUUCAGAAUCGCAGGGCAAAAUGGCGGAAAUUGGAGAAGCUGAAUGCGAAAGGCAACAGAAAAUAUCCAACAUCGUCACCUCUGUCACAUGAUUAUGGAUGGGGGACCUACUCUGUUUUCUCAUCUUUCCACAACAGGGAACCUCCUCUGCCUGUGCCUCUGUUGCCUGAUGUUGCUCGUGACCAAUCUGCCGUGUUGGGAGGAAACGCUGCAGCUGGGAACUGCUCCAGCCUGCUCAGAGCACAGCUUGCACCACUCUCCUCUGCCUCAGCCUCCUCGGUGGCAGGAACGGUGGCAUCUUGUGAAGAAGUUCAGGUGAAGAUGUCGCUACAGCUUGGCUUCAACUCCAGCAGAGUGGAGUGCUUCAACUCCAGCAGAGUGGAGUGCUUCAGCUCCAGCAGAGUGGAGUGCUUCAGCUCCAGCAGAGUGGAGUGCUUCCCGAGCCUUCCCAGCCCUCCUCCCAUCCGCAGGACCACCAACCUGUCCUUCAACCCCCACAGCCCUGCUGUUUCCGUGGCGCUGGACACUCCCAACAAUGAAUGCUGGUUGUCCAGUCAGGAAAAUGGCUUCAGGGAGGCCUUCACUUACAACAUCCAGAAUCAAGGCUUUAGUCCACCACCCUCCUGCCGUUACCCUGAGCAGCUGGAGACUGCAGGGAACCUGGAGACCAUGUACUACCAGUACAGCAGCCAGGGGGGAAUUUACCAGAUGUCCCAAUAGUCCCAGCAGCACCAGCUCUCCCAGUUCUGCCAACUGCCAGAUCACCUGGCCACCAAUUUGCUCUCCAGUGACCACCUCCCUCCUCCAAUACCCCCUGAGUCCCAUUCAGCUUUCCUGGCCUUACCUGGUAACACUGGAGCAGUAACCUAUGGAGCCACACAAGGCUAUGGACAAAACCACAUGGGGGGACAGCUCAUGCCGCAGCAGUCAAGUGGAAACUCAGCAGACAUCACUGCCUAUCAGGCUGUCCCCUGGAGUGAUUUCUACAUGCAGGGAGCUCAAUUCUCAAAUCAGCUGCACUCCCAAAUGCCUUUUUUAGCACAGCAGAAGACAGAACUUCAAGAGCCAUCUCUUCUUCAAGUGCCCAAUGGAACAACACUGGGAUCCAUGUCACAGGCUGGAAAGCAGAAGGGAGUCACACCAGACCAGAGUUCAAACCAGAGCCACCAAACAGAGCCAGAGUUGGCAUGGCCAUGGCUCGCUGAAAGAGAGAUGAUGUAGAGUGUUGUAACAAGAAAGGAGACACCACUGUUGGUAACUGAAAGGCCAGCUGAUUCUUUUUUUUUUUGGGGAAAAGGAAAGAGUUCCAAGACAGCAGUAGCUCCUCUGAAUGCAGGAUCAAAACUGUGGCAUGAAUGGGAAUGGAACUUCCUUUUUUCUGGUCUACCAUCCAAGACUGGUCCCGUUAUCCUGUACCUGGUUCUUAGAUUCAUCUGUUCAUAGGAACGGGGACUUAGAAGUCAGUAAAAUAGAUGCCAAAGUUCUGUCCUCUCUCAGACAACAUCUGUUGUGAGCUGAAUGGCUGCACAGAACUGACAAUUUCUAAGAUUUCCAGAGGUAUAAACACCUCUCUUCAAGGCAGAACUUCUUUAGCACGAGAGGGGAAAAGGGAAGAGAAGAGAGAGCUUUCUGUCUGCAUUUCCAUUUCCAGGCUUUUUUUUUUUUUUGGAAACAAGAUUAUCCUACUUUCGAAUGGUUGAAAGGUGUCAUAUGCCUUAAAUAUUCUUUGGAUGUGUAUGGGGCUAU